AUUCCAUGGUUGCGUUGCGAACUCAGCAGCAGUAGAAACUCUUUUUUUUUUUCAAGUGGAUAUUAAUGCACGGCUUUGUUUUAUUUUUAAUGCAAAUGUUUCUUAUCUACACUUAUCAAGUCAUCAAUAGUAGGCCAUGGCAGUAUUUAUGCAGCCUUGCUUUUUUCUUUAGUUCCAUGAUAAAAACUUGCAUAGAUACGCCUAAGAUUGCUCAAGUCGUUAUACUGAUUUUGGACACAUGGACGAAAAAAUCGCAUAAAAAGCUACUUCAGUGUCUUUAUUGAAACUACAGCUUUCAACUUCUUUUUUUUUCUCAUCCAUGCUAGUCUUGGCAUAGAGCGUGUCUAUAGUACAGAUCCUUGUCACUCGCAGAGCCAGGCUUGCACUCAUUAAAGCGGUUAGGUAUAUUUGUAGACCUUAUCUUGAUGGGCCAUAUGGCUUCGUUGAUUUUUUUAUUCUCAUAACUUUAUUCAAAGGUGGUUGAUACCAAAUGCCAGCUGAAGCUCAGAAGGCUGUUAUGGAAAGUUUAAUGAUGUACGAAAAAAACCAAGACAAGCGGAUUUUAUUUCAAUCACUGGCAUCAAUGAAUCGAAGCUGCAAGAGUGAUGCGUUUUUGAAACAAUUG